UCUUAUCUCUCUCUCCUGGUCUGUGUGACGCUCUCCCCCAUUCUAGGUGCGAUCGAUCGAGGCGGAGACGUUGGAGCGGAAGGAAGAUCGAAAUGGGUCAGAUCCAGUACUCGGAGAAGUACUUCGAUGACACCUUCGAGUACAGGCACGUGGUGCUCCCUCCGGAGGUGGCCAAAUUACUCCCCAAGAACCGUCUCCUCUCUGAGAACGAGUGGCGGGCGAUCGGGGUGCAGCAGAGCAGGGGAUGGGUGCACUACGCGAUCCACCGCCCGGAGCCGCACAUCAUGCUCUUCCGGCGGCCGCUCAACUACCAGCAGCAGCAGGAGAACCAGGCCGCCGCCGCAGCUCAUGCUGCCCAAGUUCUCCCCAAGUGAUGUACUAUUACCAGCAGUAAUAACAGUGCAAGAAGAAGAAGAAGCCCUCUUCUCUAAUCCUUAUGGUUGUUGAACUAAUCGGAAGUAGUUUGUCUUGGUUUGCUACCACUACUUGUGAAAUGGCAGUUCUAAUUUGCCUUUUCGUCCCCUUAA